GGCUCCGAGCGAAGCGACGAGCAAGUGAGCGGCGCUCGGCGGGCCCGGGAGAGAGGGAGAGAGGCGCGGCCGGGUGAGGCGGCCCGUCCGGGAGCGGGCGCCGGGGAAGGGGUGCAGUCGGGCGCCGGAGCGGCGGCACGGGCAGCGGGGCCGCGUCCGUCUCAGCGCCGGCUCAGCUGGAGCCCGGCGGGCCCCCCCCCUCCCCCGGGCGCAGGCUGCUUUCUCCCGGCAAGUGUCCGAGCCGCUCCGAAACUCCGGCGGCGAGUCGACCACAGGAAGUUUAUUCUCAGCUCCUUUUCUAAAAGGAGGAAAUAGAAGUUUCUCCCAGCCGGCAGUCUUUUCUUUUCGCCUUUUUCGCCCUGUCUGAAAUCGGGGGGCCCCCGGACCUGGCAGGCGUGACCCGCCGGGCUCCUGCUCUUUUUUAAUUUCCAGUUUUUGAUCCGGCCAGCCGUCCCGGCCGGGCUCCGGCUGCGCGCGGGAGCGGGAGGGCGCGCGCAGGGGAGGGACAGAGGGACGCGCGGACUUUUAGAGGGAGGGACUGGGUGGCCCGCCGGUCCCGCGGCGCUCGCAGAGCAGGAAAGAAGUGCGGCGCGAGGCGCUCGGGAGGCACCGUCCCCGGGCUGUCGCCGCCCCCCGUCCGCGCCCGCCACCGUCGGGGAGAAGCCCGGGAGUGAAGAUUAGAGCCCGAGGCGCGGCCGGCAGGGAGCGAGCGCGCAGCAGCCGGUGCGCGGCCGCGGCGAGGGCGGGGGAAGAAAAACACCCUGUUUCCUCUCGGGCCCCCACCGCGGAUCAUGUACCAGGAUUAUCCCGGGAACUUUGACACCUCGUCCCGGGGCAGCAGCGGCUCACCUGCGCACGCCGAGUCCUACACCAGCGGCGGCGGCCAGCAGAAGUUCCGGGUAGAUAUGCCUGGCUCAGGCAGCGCCUUCAUCCCCACCAUCAACGCCAUCACCACCAGCCAGGACCUGCAGUGGAUGGUACAGCCCACAGUGAUCACCUCCAUGUCCAACCCGUACCCCCGCUCGCACCCCUACAGCCCCCUGCCGGGCCUGGCCUCCGUCCCUGGGCACAUGGCGCUCCCGAGACCUGGCGUGAUCAAGACCAUUGGCACCACCGUGGGCCGCAGGAGGAGAGAUGAGCAGCUGUCCCCGGAAGAGGAGGAGAAACGUCGAAUCCGAAGGGAGAGGAACAAGCUGGCUGCAGCCAAGUGCAGAAACCGACGCCGGGAGCUGACGGAGAAGCUGCAGGCGGAGACAGAGGAGCUGGAGGAGGAGAAGUCAGGCCUGCAGAAGGAGAUCGCUGAGCUGCAGAAGGAGAAGGAAAAGCUGGAGUUCAUGUUAGUGGCCCACGGGCCCGUGUGCAAGAUCAGCCCCGAGGAGCGCCGAUCCCCCCCAGCCUCUGGGCUCCAGCCCCUGCGCGGUGGAGGCGGCGGAGUGGGUGCCGUCGUGGUGAAGCAGGAGCCCCUGGAAGAGGACAGCCCCUCAUCCUCAUCGGCCGGGCUGGACAAGGGCCAGCGCUCUGUCAUCAAGCCCAUCAGCAUUGCUGGGGGCUUCUACGGGGAGGAGCCCCUGCACACCCCCAUCGUGGUGACCUCCACGCCUGCCAUCACUCCGGGCACCUCGAACCUCGUCUUCACCUACCCCAGCGUCCUGGAGCAGGAGUCGCCUGCAUCACCCUCCGAGUCCUGCUCCAAGGCACACCGCAGAAGCAGUAGCAGUGGGGACCAGUCAUCAGACUCCUUGAACUCCCCCACUCUGCUGGCUCUGUAACCCAGCUCCCAGGGGGUCCUCGUCACUGCCUCCUUCCCAGGGACCAGCACCUUCAAGCACUCCAGGGCCGUGAGGGCAAGAGGGGGACCCUACCCGAGAAGAGAGCUUCCCGGCUCUGGGGACACCCAGGUGGGAUUUGGUGGUGAGGUGUUGAGGACUUUUGGUGAUCUCUUAGAACUCACGGACCUCCUCCCUCGUUCAUCUUGCAAAGUGAAUCCUGUGUCUUGAAAAGCCUUGGAGAACUUGGUUCAGUGGACUCAGGCAUCUCUCUGGCUUCUGAAGAGCCUGAAGCUGGUGUGGACCGUUCCUGUCCCUUUGUUACGAUCUGUCUCUGGAGUGAUGGUGUCCUUCCCCGCCCCACCAAGCAUGCUCAGUGCCUUUUGGUUUCACCUUCCCUCUAUUCGCCCCUUCCUCUCCCCAGUGUCGAUUUUACUUCCUCUUGGUUUUUAUCAAAGUUGCCAUGACAUUUCAUCGGGGUGGUCUGAAUAUUAAAGCUCUUCAUUUCUGGA